UUGAAAUUUAUCGUAUUAAUAAUCACACCACUUGAGCUUCGCCUUAAAAGUGGGAGGGCUGCUCGAAAGCGCCGGAAAACCGUGAGGAGCUGUCUCCGUUACGCGUGGUGCUGAAAGUGCCAUUUGCCGCAUCAUGUGGUCGGUCUUCUUUGUCUUUCUGUCUUAUCUGGACAGAAACUUCGUCAAUGGCGAUUUCUUGAGCCGCGCUUUGGACGCAGAGAAGGAGAGCAAAGAAAUGUUCUCCAUGCUCAACGGCACCUUUUGCGCAAAAAUGUCAACUGUGAGGGAGAGCUUCCUGUACCAGGUGUCAGACGGAGCCGAGGUGAUGCGCUCCGUCGUCAGCCCCGCCGGGAAGCUUGUGAACUGCUCCGUCUUAGUAAACCAGAUACAGGUGAAGUCGUUCAUGCAUGAGUGCAGGUUAGGACUGAAAGAACAGAGAGCCGGGCGGCGGCUGGAGACGCGUUUUGCGCGCAUGGAUGAAGCCAAACUGAUGUGCCGGGAGUUUAAAGAGAGGUCGGAGCGCAGCGGCAGGGUGAAGGGUGAUGACUCUGUGCUGCAGGACAAGGUUUUACAGAGAUCUAAGAGAGGUUUCACUUAUCCGGGGACCCUGUGGUGUGGAGCUGGAAACAUGGCUGAUCAUUAUGGCCAGCUGGGAGAAUUUGCAGAGACCGACAGCUGCUGCCGUAUCCAUGAUCACUGCCCUCACGUCAUCCACGCAUUCUCCUCUAAUUAUGGCCACACUAAUUUCAAGUGGCACUCCAUCUGUCACUGUGACUGUGAUAAUGCGUUGAAGGACUGCCUGAGGAAAGUCAACGACACGUCUUCUAGGGUAGUUGGUCAGGCGUUCUUCAACGUCAUCGGCGUACCUUGCUUUGAGCUUGCCUAUGAAGAACAGUGUGCAGAGCGGCACUGGUAUGGCAUGUGCAAACGUUAUGAGCAGCUUCCCAUUGCUGUGUUGAAUGAGGCGGUCCCGUACGACUUUGGUGGUAUUGACGUCAUCGAUAAGUUGCCGAUUGCUCCUCCCAAGAAGGAAGAGUCCAAGAAAAGCGAAGAAGAAGAGAAGCCGGAGAGUACAACACAGUCUACAAUGUCAGGUCCUGGAGAGCCUUCACUCGGAAACGUGGUCACUGCCGCCGAGGACUUCAUCAAGGUCCUCGCUACCGUCUCUACUUCUCAAAGCUCUACUGACUCCGAUAAAGGCGAGACGCAAAGCUCGGAGAAGAAAAAGAGGAAGAAAACAGGGAAGAAGAAGAAAACCAACAAAAAGCCAAAAGGAAAGGGGAGGAAGAGGAAGCAGAAAGCUGAGGAAGGAGUUGCAGUUUCACCCUCUGGCAGCAAAGCAGAAGAGGUCAUCGCUCUAAGUAACUUCAUCAGUGAGUCACACAAACACGAGCAGUCAAGUAGAAACACAAACAGACUCGGUGACAGUGAAUAUAGGCUCGGAGGAAAAGAAGAGCCCUUUAAUGAUGUCAUGAAAGAUGAGCCAGCGAUGAAUAAAGAGACCGUUUCCAUUACGCCACCUGCGACAGUCCAGAAGAAACCAGCAGAGUCCACAGAAGAAAUCGCUUUUUCUACGCCAACAACCACAACAACUGCUAUUCUACACAAAGCAAAAACGAGAAGGCUCAGAAAGGGGAGGAGAAAGAAGAACAAGAAAGUUCCUCUUCUUUCCUCUGAAGAGCUUAUAACGAACCCAACAGAUAACUUAAAAGCCAUUUCUGUCCCCAACAUCAUUACCAUAACCCCAACGGCACAGCCCAAGCAACAAAGCUUUGUUGUCAGCACUGCCAGUACCCCCCUUGUAAUUCUAAAAGUCAAAAGGAACAGGUCAAAGGAGCGGGGAAAAAAGAGGAAAGUCAGCUCAGCUUCUCCCAUUGUGCCCGCUGCCCAUGAAAAUUCCUCCACGGACAAUCUGAGAGUAAUCCCUCUCACCGGGGCUCCCACCGUACCGUCGAUGCACGCCACAGAGCUGAAGAUUUCACACAGGAUGGACCUUUAUGGAGAGAAGACGAUGGUCCAAGUUACGGCUCUGAACUCCUCCUUUAGUGUUUUGAAAAGGCAGAAGUCGAAAGGACUUAGAAGCAGAAGGAGGAAAACAGUUUUGCCUCUUUUUUCAAGUGAAAGUCCUCAUGCACGUGACAGCCCUACAACCACUGCUGCCAUUAGCAGGCCUUCAGAAGAAACAGAAACUCAGAGUGAAUGGAGGCUUUUUACUACCAUCACAGCAGCCCCUCCUAUCACUACAAAACGACACAGGCAGACCAAUAGGAAGCAGAGAAAACCAAGAAAGAAAGCCAUGGCUGCUUCUCUCAUCAAUGGAGUUUCUAUCCCGAAACAGACAGAACAAACACCAAUGACUUUUACAACCACGCCAUCCAAAGUCGGCACCACCGAAGAGCUCAAUCUUCAGAGGUCUGAAAAGCCCUACGUGACCACCUCAGCAUCUCCAGUCAUGAGUCCAUUUCAGUUAUCUAUUGAGAGAGCAAAAGCACAAUUCACCCGGAAGAAGAGGAGGAAAGCAACCCUGUCUCUUAGACAACAAUGAGCCAUGUGGUGCAACAGGAUAGGCUAAAAAAAAACUUAGCUGGCUAGCUUCUGCCGAUCAGAUAAACUUGAGUUAAAUGCUACAUCAAAAUAUUUACGGUAUAAUCUUUUCUGGUUCAGCAUUCAAAUCACAGAAAUGUACAGAAAUCAUAUUUGAUUGUAAUGUGAAAAUAGUGUUUUGUAAUACUGUUUUCUGCAUGUCUAUAAUAAAAUUCCUGAAUGAUUAUAUG